AUGGGGAUCAACCAUUUCAUCCUUGCACUUAUCUCUUUCACUUGUCUCUUGUCCUUCUCAACCUCUACCAAUGCACCUCCAUCCCUUUCCGACGCUUCUAGCCCUACUUUUUCAGAACUUUAUGAUAUGAUUGAGGUUAUGUCUGAAUCACCAUCUCCAUUUGCAUUUGAUGGUAUAACAUUGGAAAGUAUUGACAAUUUAUUAAGCAUACUACCUAGCGGUGUCAACCCUACCCUUCAGCAAAUUUGUGGGAACACUGAUCACCCCGUCGAAUGUAUAAUAGCAACUAUGCCAUUCCUAGAUGAGAAAACUCCUAUUGAGCCUCUUUCUGUCCUUAAAGCUGGGAUUGAAGCAAUGGAUAACCAGACCAAAGAUGCAUUAGCUGAGGUUACAAAGCUCUCAAUGGACCCUACUACCCCCUAA